AUGGCGAGCAGCUCACUAGUAGUCCUGGCCGUCCUGGCCACCGUGGCCGCGCUGCUGCUCUCUCCGGCCAUGCCCCUACCCGUCUUCACCGGCGACUCCUCCCCGGGCUUCCACGCGGCGUCGUGCCCGCAGCUGGACGGCAUCGUGUGGUCGUCCGUGGAGGCGGCGCUGCGGCAGGAGGUGGCGGUGGCGGCGGGCAUGCUCCGCCUCUACUUCCACGACUGCUUCCCGCAGGGCUGCGACGCCUCCAUCCUCCUCAACACCACCGCCGCCCGCGAGACCGCUCUCGGCCCCAACCUCAGCAUCCAGCCGCGCGCCAUGCAGCUCAUCGAGUCCAUCCGCGCCAGGGCGCACGCCGUUUGCGGGCCCGUCGUCUCCUGCGCCGACAUCACCCUGCUCGCCACCCGCGACAUCAUCGUCAUCUCCGGCGGGCCCUGGUUCAACGUGCCGCAGGGCAACCUCGACAGCCUCGCCCCGGCGUCGCAGGACAAGGUGUUCGACCUCCCGGCGCCUGACACGGCCAGCGUGGCGACGCUCGUGAACUCCUUCGCCACCAGGGGCCUCGGCGACGUGGCCGACCUCGUGGCGCUCUCCGGCGCGCACACCAUCGGGCGGUCGCAGUGCGGCAGCUUCGUCGACCGGUCCAAGCGCGCCGACGACACCUUCUCGAGGAAGCUGGCGGCCAACUGCAGCAAGCACCCGGAGCGGCUGCAGAACGUGGACGUGAUCACCCCGGACCUGUUCGACAACGCGUACUACAAGGCGCUGGGGUUCAACCAGGGCGUGUUCACCUCCGACAUGGCCCUCGUGAAGAACAAGACCACCGCGCCCAUCGUGAAGCGGUUCGCCGAGAGCAAGGACGCCUUCUUCGGGCAGUUCGCCAGGUCCAUGGAGAAGCUCGCGAGGGUGCCCAAACCGGCCGGCAACGUGGGCGAGAUCCGGCGCUUCAGCUGCUUCAGGACCAACGCCCAGCGCGCCGACGCUGCAACCGUGGACGCCGCCGGCAAGGAGGAGGAGGAGGGCUUCGCCGCUUCCGCUUGA